UUGCCGCCCAGCGCCGGCUCCGGAGUUGGGGGAGAGCCCAGGGUUUCAGCCGCUUUGGAGGAGGCGUGAAUCGCGCAGGGAUUGACUAAUUUGGGGUGGGGGCCGCGGUGGGCGAUGGAGCAGCCUGAGGACAUGGCGUCGCUGAGCGAGUUCGACUCCUUGGCGGGCAGCAUCCCGGCCACCAAGGUGGAGAUCACCGUGUCCUGCAGGAACCUUUUGGACAAAGACAUGUUCUCCAAGUCUGACCCACUGUGUGUCAUGUAUACUCAAGGGAUGGAGAACAAGCAGUGGCGGGAGUUUGGACGCACCGAAGUCAUUGACAACACACUCAAUCCUGACUUUGUGCGCAAAUUCAUCGUGGAUUACUUCUUUGAGGAGAAGCAGAACCUCCGUUUUGACCUCUACGACGUGGACUCGAAGAGCCCUGAUUUAUCCAAACACGAUUUUCUGGGCCAAGCCUUCUGCACCCUCGGAGAGAUUGUGGGGUCCCCUGGGAGUCGCCUGGAGAAGCCCCUCACGAUAGGAGCAUUCAGCCUGAAUUCCAGGACAGGCAAGCCCAUGCCAGCUGUGGCCAAUGGAAGUGGUCUUUGGAUGGAAAGUUUGAGAACCACUGGUCUGGAAGCCUCCGGCGGCGUCCCAGGGAAGAAAUGUGGCACCAUCAUCCUGUCUGCUGAGGAACUGAGCAACUGUAGGGAUGUAGCCACGAUGCAGUUCUGUGCCAACAAGCUGGACAAGAAAGAUUUCUUUGGGAAGUCCGACCCCUUCUUGGUGUUCUACAGAAGCAACGAGGACGGAACCUUCACCAUCUGCCACAAGACCGAAGUCAUGAAGAACACCCUAAACCCAGUCUGGCAAACUUUCUCCAUUCCUGUGAGAGCGCUCUGCAACGGGGACUAUGACCGGACCAUCAAGGUGGAGGUGUACGACUGGGAUCGGGAUGGCAGCCACGACUUCAUCGGGGAGUUCACCACCAGCUACCGGGAGCUGGCCCGCGGGCAGAGCCAGUUUAACAUCUACGAGGUGGUAAACCCAAAAAAGAAAAUGAAGAAAAAGAAAUACGUGAAUUCUGGCACCGUCACGCUGCUUUCCUUUGCGGUGGAGUCCGAGUGCACGUUUCUUGACUACAUCAAAGGAGGGACCCAGAUCAACUUCACGGUGGCCAUCGAUUUCACGGCCUCCAAUGGGAACCCCUCGCAGUCCACGUCCCUGCACUACAUGAGCCCCUACCAGCUGAACGCCUACGCGCUGGCGCUGACUGCCGUCGGUGAGAUCAUCCAGCACUACGACAGCGACAAGAUGUUCCCUGCCCUGGGCUUCGGGGCCAAGCUGCCCCCUGAUGGAAGAGUGUCCCACGAGUUCCCGCUGAACGGGAACCAGGAGAACCCUUCCUGCUGCGGGAUCGACGGCAUCCUGGAGGCCUACCACCACAGCCUGCGCACCGUGCAGCUCUACGGCCCCACCAACUUCGCCCCCGUGGUCACCCACGUGGCCAGGACUGCGGCUGCGGUUCAGGAUGGCUCCCAGUACUCGGUGCUGCUCAUCAUCACGGACGGGGUCAUCUCGGACAUGGCCCAGACCAAGGAGGCUAUCGUCAAUGCUGCCAAACUGCCUAUGUCCAUCAUCAUCAUUGGCGUGGGCCAGGCGGAGUUCGACGCCAUGGUGGAGCUGGAUGGCGAUGAUGUGCGGAUCUCCUCCCGGGGAAAGCUGGCGGAGCGGGACAUUGUGCAGUUCGUGCCCUUCAGGGACUAUGUGGACCGCACUGGCAACCACGUGCUGAGCAUGGCGCGCCUGGCCCGCGACGUGCUGGCCGAGAUCCCGGACCAGCUGGUGUCCUACAUGAAGUCACAGGGCAUCCGCCCCCGCCCCCCACCCGCAGCUCCAGAGCCUUCGCCCCCACAGUCCCCGGCCCGCACGCCCCCUGCUUCCCCUCUGCACACACACAUCUGAGGGCGAUUCCCUGCCACAGGCCGGGGGCUGGGGCCCAGGGAGGCAGGUGGAGGGUGGAAGUAGAAGGUGGAAGUAUAGGCAGGGUCGCCAGACCCCCUGGCAACUUGCCCUGCCCAGCCUUUGUAAUGGGUGUGCCUGGAGGCCUGCAGGGGGCGGGACCUCUGAAGGCACCUGUCUAAUUUCCUAGCCUUAGGGCCCAACCUGGGGAAUUGGAGGGUUCAGAUGGCGGAGGUGAUAUUCUGGGCCCCCGCCCUUCUCAUUUCCCCCUGGUCCCCAGUUCUGGCCCAGCCAGGAAGGUGUUAACAAUCGGGAGAAUUGAGGUUCCCCCUCGGCCCACUGGCCCACACCGGGGCAGUCCCAUCCUGAAGCCUGGGCUGGGCCUUCCUCCUCCUGCGUGUCUGUUUCUGUGCCUGGCCCUGCCCUCCUAUCCCGGCAUCCGUCCCGUCCAUCCCUAUUCCCCGUGACCCCUGUGAGCUGAUGGGUUCGCAGGAUGCCUGAGCACGUGACCCCUCCCAGGGACGCCUGCAUGCUACGGGGGCCCUGCAGACCCACGCAGGGGAGGCGGUGAGGGUCGGCCGUAGCCCACAUGGUGGGCUGGGAAUGGAGGCCUUUCAGGCACAGGGUCCCUUCUGGUGCCUCUCAAGCCCAGAAGGACACUGGUUUUAGAUCCACAGAUCCGCAGGCCUUUCCUGGGUGAAGACCCACGGGCACCUCUCAGCCGACCCCCCACCCCAGGCAUCCCCUCCUCCUGCCGGAGCUACCCAGGGCCCUGGAGGCCAGGCCUCUGCCCCCUCCCCCACCCCGGGAGGCCUUGGACGAAGCAGUCCAGCCCCCGCACUCCCACACUGCCCCUCUGACCCACGGGGAUAGGAGAUAGGAGUCCUGAGUUCCAGCCCUGCCUGCAGCCGCUGCCUGUGGGAACCCCAGCAAGGCCCCCCGGCCUCCCGGGUCUCCGUUCCCACAUCUGUAAGGCAAGAGGGUUGGCCAGAGGGUCCCAGGUGUCCCUUCGGCUCUGCUGUCCUGAGAGUCCAUUCACGCCAUCCUCAGCUUCCCCCAUCCCACUCCUUGGCAGGGCGACCCCUUACUCCAGGCCGUCUUGGCCCUUAGGGUCCCCCUGUUCCCAUCCGGUCACCCCAGAUCCACCAGCCCCGGGCUCUGGUGUCUGAGCCCAAGCUCCUGCCCCUGCUGUGGGGAAGGUGAGACGGGUGAGCUCACCCCGGGCCCAGCCAGCUGCCCGGCCUUUGCCCGCAUGGGGAGCGGGUCAUGCAUGCCAGCCCCUCCUGCAGCAUGGGGCGCCUCAGCCCACUGCACAUCCCCACCCCCCACGGGGACCCCAGCCCCCCGCCCUGUCUGCUGCCCAGCACCGCUCCCCUCCCCGUCAUGCAUGAUGGUGGUGUUUCUACACUGUCUGGUCCCGUGCCCGUCUCUGAGACAGUCUCUGUGUGGAAUUUGCCUUAAACUGGAGUAAAUUUGGUUCUUUUACUAGA